AUGGCGCGCGAUAUGCCUGAUGCCCAGGCGAUUCUUGCGCAUCAGAUCACGCCAGCGCUGAUGCUCAACCGCUCCGGCACCGUCGUCGCUGCAAACGAAGGCAGCGUCCGACUCCUGUCGCCCUUGCGACAAGACGCGUCUUUUGCCACAGAAGGCUCGUUGCUUGGCGAAAAUAUUGCCGAUCUUGCAAAGAUUCCAUUGCCUGGUGCUUUACCAGUUCUGUGGACGUGGAGUUCUAUUCUAGCUGCUGCCAUCGAUAUUAGCGAAUCAGGUGCUGCCAAUAGACAAAGUAUCCGCGGAUACGUUUCUACGACAGAUUACUGUCAAAACGCCGAUAACUUUUGGGACGAUGAAGCUGAGCAACAAGCAAUCAUCGAAAGCAAUGUAUACGUUACCCGGUAUUCCUCACAAGCGGGCAUACCUAGCGCCAACGACUCCGAUGACGCUACCAGUGUAGUCAGAGCCCGAGCAUCUGUUCACUGGUUAUCGUCCGAUCUUGACGGCGUCUUCUUGAUCAUCUUCAACCGGACGUCCUUGCCACACCAAACAGCGCCGGCUUCACCAGCUGCAAAGAAAGACCCAAUCAAUGCUUUCGAACGACAAAAUGAUUAUCAGUCCUUGGAUAGCAAUGAUACCUCAGACAACACUGAUACAUCGGACGUCGCCUACGCUAUCAUUCCUCACAUUAUCGCAACAAUGGACAAAGAUGGGCAAGUUGUCAAAUUAUCCAAGUCUUGGUAUUCGUUCUCAGGGUUGAAUGAAGAAGAGAGUUUAGGAAGCGGAUGGAUAUCCACAAUGUUUCCCGAUGAUGUCCAGGAAAUGACAUCGGCCUGGGCUGAUGUUAUCCAGCAUGAACGCUCGCAUUGGACGCAUCAAGCACGUUACCGGAGGGCCUCAGACGGAACCUUCUGCUGGUUUUUGAUACGCGCCGAACCGAAUCGAGAUGCCAAAGGAAAGGUCCUUCGCUGUGAGGAUGUUGUGCAGGCUGCACUAGCUCUCACAUUUGACAUCACCGAAGAAAAGGCGCGGUCUGUCCUACUCACGGAGAACAAGAGACUCGUCGCCAAAGAGAAAGCCGCGCUCGAUGCCAGCAAUUUGAAGAGUAGAUUUCUCGCAAAUAUGUCUCACGAAAUCCGUACUCCAAUAUCCGGAAUCAUUGGUCUGAGUGAGCACCUUUCUGAUUGUGGGCUCAAUGAAGAACAAUUGGAAUUCAGCAACUCCAUUGAAGAGAGCGCAAAAUUUCUCCUCACUCUUAUCAACGAUGUGUUGGACUUCAGCAAGAUGGAAUCUGGUCACAUGGAUAUUGAGCAAAUACCCUUCUCGCCUUACAAGCUCAUUAGCGACACACUUAUCCCAUUGCGACUUCAGGCAAGGGAACGAGGCCUGUCUCUGAACUUUAGGUGCGAUCUCAAGCCUGAUGCACUCUUCCUGGGAGAUCCGUGGAGGUUGCGCCAGAUUCUCACCAACUUGAUUGGAAAUAGUCUCAAGUUCACACAGGAGGGCCACAUUGCACUUAGCGUUCACGAGGCCGGAAAGAAGAACAACCAAGUUAUCCUCAAAUUCGUUGUGAAGGACAGCGGAGUAGGCAUUUCGGAAGAAGCGAUCAAACAACUCUUCAAACCGUUCAGCCAGGCCGAUGGCUCAACAGCAAGACUCUAUGGCGGCACUGGGCUGGGCUUGGCAAUUUGCCGACAAUUAGUUGAGCUUAUGGGUGGGCACAUCGGGCUGGAAUCCGUUUAUGCAGAAAGCACCACCGCAACUUGCAAGAUCCCUUUCCAGAUCUACUAUGGGCCAAGUCAUGGUCUACUCAUAUCGACCGCUUUACCUGGCCAGGCAAAGAUACAGAAUCCUGAAGAGAACGCGAACACCAAGAAGGCUCGCCACCUCAGUCCUCCCGAUGGUACGGACGGCAUGACGUUCGACUCCUUCGCAAUCACGAACACACCAGGGAUCGGUAACCACAUCCUACUCGUGGAGGACAAUCCUAUCAACCGGAAAGUGAUCUCCAUCGCAUUGAAAAAGCUAGGCUUUGUCGUCUCAGCCGUAUGGAACGGCCAAGAGGCACUCGAUUUCCUUUGCAAGGAGUCGACAGAACUUCGGCCCGAUGCCAUACUAAUGGACUGCAUGAUGCCAAUUGUCGACGGAUAUGAGGCCACGCGGCGCAUCCGCAACGACAAGACUUUGUUCAACGAGCAAGUACGGGAGCUGCCGAUCAUUGCGUUGACCGCUAGCGCAAUCAAGGGCGAUAGAGAGAGGUGUUGGGAUGCAGGUAUGGACGACUAUCUAACGAAGCCGGCUGCUAGAGAUGAGCUGAGACGCACACUGGCAAGAUGGUUAGUUACGCCAAGAAUACGAGGGCUUGAUCGGAGCAGACUAGUAGACUAA